AUGUGUGAAAAAUUUAAAGAAAUGGUGCCAAAUGUCGAGAUAUUGCAGUGUCCUGCUAGUGAUUUAGAUGGUAUGUACUUCCACUCUGUACAAACUUGUCUAUACCAGCACACUUUAGUUUACCUAAGUAACCACUGAAUACAUACCACAGAAUACAUACCACAGAAGAGGAACCUCACAGAAGGUCGACUUCUGAGUUAAGAUUUCGGAGGUUUAAGGUUUCACAGCACCCAAUUUCUUAACUCUCUUUCAAUUUGCACGAUGACGUUUCUAGGCAGAUUUUCAGACGUUGCUAGGGCGUGGCUUCAACGUUUUGUUAAAAAGUAAACACGUUUCAACAUUUCUGUCAUUCUAUUUUAGGGACCGGUCAUUAUUUAUGGAAGGGGGGAGGGAAAAAAUGAGGGGGGCCAUAUGUAUAAAUAAAUGACUAGAAGGGGGGGCUAUUAAAUUUUUUCAAGAAAAUGAGAGGGGGGGGUUGCAAUUAAAUGUUGAAGGAAUUUGUUUAAUAAGCAUGGUAUCCAUUUGGUUGUAAUUGCGACUAAAUCAUGGUCACUGAUGUGAAAUAGUCUGGAUUUACUUGUCUUCUGUGUGCUGUAUGCAAAUCAGUCUUUACUGAUUGCAGAGAUAAAUUGACAAUGUAUUAUUACAUCAGCUAUCUUGAUGUGGUUAAAUACAUUUAAGCAAGGUUAACGGCGAAUGUAUUAUGCAGGCCACAUCCACUGAUAGGAGUCUGUGACGUCAUAUCGAUUAAAGGGGGUUGUUUCACGCCUUGUGAUCAGUGCUUCGGUCUGGGUAUUCAUACUGCCAUUGUAUGCUUUGCCUAGCUGCAGCAAGUUUAGUGCUUAGAUACCUUUCCCCUACCCACCCACCCAUGUUUAUUCUAGAGGAUUUUAUCUGGUAGUAUUUUAUUUUAUAUAAUUUUUAAUCACACAUAAAAUAGGAUGUAUGGACCACUAUACAUUAUAUUUUGUUUCCACUGACUUGUCAGUGUGACUGGUGCCGGAGGUAUAUGCCUUGGCAGAAUGUCCAGAAUUGUCAUGGCUAUCUCCUUUUGCUGCUAAUAUUACUGAUUGUUACUCUCAUUGCUAUGCAGCUGCUAUGGCAAUACUUUGUGCCAUCAAAUGUAGUUCCAGCCUUGGACCACAAACGGCACCUGCCUCCAAACACUAAUAUUAAUUCUCUGCCGUUAAACAUGGUUACAAUCGCCCAGACCAAAUGGAAACCUGAUUUUAGAGUUAUAUAUAAAAAUACCCCUCUUUUAAUUAUAAUUUUCUGCUAAUAUAUAUUUUUGGUCGAUGUUAAUAUCUUGUCAGCUCCAUAUUCUUAUUUAAUUAAUAAUUAGCAUUAUAACGCCUGGGUAUCCCCAUUUGUCGAGUAAAAAUGAAAAGGGGGGGUCAAAGAAAAAUAUUCUAAUAUGUAGGGGGGGUCAUCAUUAAAUUUCUGCUCUUUUAAGGGGGGGCUUUCAAUUUUAAAAAUUUAGGAAAGAAAAAAUUCCCCUCCCCCCCUUCCAUAAAUAAUGACCGGUCCGUUAGUUGCUUUCGUCAACAUGUCUUUUGUUCAAAUAAAAAUAGAAUAUGAUUUAUACUGUUCGAACAAACGUAUAACGCCAAUCUUUUUAAACGAAGAUAUAAUUUUCAUGAAAUAUGAUUUUUAAGCCAGGAUUUUGAAUGACGUUCCACAUUUUUGCGAUCAAAAGUGGAAUUACAACAUUUAAAUUUUGAAAAUAAACGUUGAAGCCACGCCUUAGAAACGUCUGAAAAUCUGCCUAGAAACGUCAUCGUGCAACUGUUAAAAGUAACGCGACAACUAUUUGCAUUUCACGGUCUACCUGAAUCCGCAGUAACAUCCAUUGGAGAGUAUGUUUUCAUAACUCUCUGUUGUUAUGGUUGGGUAGCGUGACGUUAGUUAAGUCUGAUUAUUAUUUUAAAGUUAACCUAAAUGCCAUGUUACUUGAAAGGUUAGCCUGCGUAGCAGUCACUCACUUUAUCUUUUGAAGGUUCUAAAAAAUUCUGCAUUAUAAAUGACAAAUCCUCAAAACCUUCCAAAAAAUAAAGCGACUGCUAUGCAGGCUAUUGAGAGAUUGAACAUCGGAAGAGUUCAUUGGAAAAAGUGGGCGUAGUUCAAACUUAACUCCAAAAUCUCAACUCUUCAAUUUAACUCUCCCUUUUGUAAUGCUCACAUUUUAGUUAUACACAGUACUCCUGGGUAAGACCAGCUCUUGUUAAAUUAACCCAAGCAGCUGUGACCCCCUACCGUCAAACUCCAAACUAUUUUACUCCUCAAGGGAAAGGGUUAAUGCACAUUUUAAAUGUUGCAGGUUUGACCAAUAAUUCUGUGGAUUGUAUUCUGGCUGCCACAAGUUUUCACUGGUUUUGUAAAGACCAAAAAGCCAUUGAGGAAAUUCACAGAGUCCUAAAGCCAAAAGCGAUGCUAGGACUAAUAUGGUAUGUACCCGACCGUUCCGUGUCAUGGAUAAAAAAUAUCGAGGAAAUGCUUGACCCAAAGUAUAAAGUGCCUAAAUUUGGAAUUAGUAAUUAUGGUGAGACGGUGCUUAUACCUUUACAAGAUCAUGGUGGAUUUGUUAACGAGGGGUCAGAUGUCACCAGUUAUACAUAUAGACUAGAAUUGAAUUUGACUGAUGUUAUUGAAAUGUAUAAAGGUAAAAGUAUUAUAGCAGCAGCACAAGGGGCUGAAAAGGAGUUGAUGUUGCAAGCAAUUGAGCAAGAAAUGAAAACAAACCCAGAGACAAAAAAUGAAGAGAAAUAUAUUUUCAAAUUUGUAAAGAAACUUCAUUGGUUUCAGAAGAUUUAG